UAGCCUUUUUUGCUGGAUGGGGCAAUUUUAGAGGGCACUAUACACUGCAAUAUCUAAAAGCAGCAGUAAUUUUACAUUUGCCCAUAAAUUGUGAGGUUUUGCAAUAUCUAUUUUAUUUCAAUAUAUUUUCAGGAUAUGCGAUUACAGCUAUCGAUUAUGAACAGCGGGUACAAACAAAAAUAUAUUUCAAUGUUCUUUGCCAGUAACCCUAAAUUGAGGCAGUGAGGCAAACAUAAAUGAGGCAAACAAAAUAUUAAAGAGUUUGCGUGAUGAUGUCAAUUUAAUUUUCCUCUAACGGCUGUUAUGCAGCUGAGGGAGCCCUGUUCCCUCACCCAAUGCAGUUGGUCAGAAGCCUGCUUUACUUUCUGAUCAAGAAAGCAACCACAGAACACAGACAUUGUGGCAGGAAAUAUUUUUCAGCUUUGAUUACACUUCUCUUACCUACAAAAAAGUCAUUAAUCUUCCUCAAUGUCCCUGGACACCAGCUUGUAAUUCAUAAGCAGAAUUUCCUGGCACUAGCAGAGGCUGCACUAACACACUCGGUGAAUUUAGUUCACCCAGAAUCCUCUCUGGCUUUUACCUUAACUUCCUGUGAAAACAGCCAAAUGUACAAGCUGUUGCCUUUUUGUUUGCUGUGAAAGAAUUUGCUCUGUGGAUCUAGGGCUCAUGUUAGCAACAUUCAUAAUAUUCAUCACCUGUCAAUAUUUAGUCUGCCUUGUAUUAUAUUUCUUGUGGAAGGCUUGCCUUCUGCAAAGUGUUAUGAGUUUGUCUCUCUUUAAAUAGUUUUUUGGCUCAGUCUUUAACUUGCUCUUGGGCUUCAUACAUGUGUUUAACAACUGCUGCGAAUCCAGUAGACUUGUAGGCACGGUCAUAGACCAUCUGGGGACUAGCAGCCUGCAGAUCAAAUGGUUUUCGAGCCAUUGGACAUGAGCAAGCCUGACACCAAAUCCAUGUGAAAGAGAGGGCUGCUUAGUUCCCUGUGCCCUGGAAACCUCUCGAGGCCUACACCUGGACUCAGUGAAGCAUGCAGGGAAACGCUGUGUUCACCCUCAUUCAUCGCUGCUGCUGGGAUUCUGGGUCUGGCCCCCUGAAUAGGAAUGUUUUAUAGUCGUCUACGACUGAAACACUCAACAUUCUUAAGAACACACUUCACACAAGUGGGAACUUUUUCGGUCGUUGGCAUUUGCCCGGUCUGGGGAAUUUUUGGUCAGCGGUUCUACAAGAAGGCAGCGGCGUUUGUGCUGAGGGCGGUGGCCAAGCACUCUCCAGAGCUGGCGCAGGCUGUGGUGGACUGCGGCGCGUUGGACGCUUUGGUCAUCUCUCUGGAGGAGUUUGACCCUGGGGUCAAGGAGGCUGCGGCCUGGGCGCUAGGCUACAUCGCCCGCCACAAUGGAGAGCUGUCCCAGGCGGUGGUGGACGCAGGGGCCGUGCCCCUCCUGGUGCUGUGCGUCCAGGAGCCGGAGGUGGCCCUGAAGAGGAUCGCCGCCUCCAGCCUCAGCGACAUCGCCAAGCACUCCCCGGAGCUGGCGCAGACCGUGGUGGACGCUGGCGCCAUCGCCCACCUGGCGCAGAUGAUCCUCAACCCGGACGCCAAGCUGAAACGGCAGGUGUUCUCGGCCCUGGGCCAGAUCGCCAAGCACUCGGUGGACCUGGCGGAGAUGGUGGUGGAGGCGGAGAUCUUCCCGGCGGUGCUGGGCUGCCUGAAGGACCCGGACGAGUACGUGCGGAAGAACGUGGCCACGCUGAUGCGCGAGAUCACCAAGCACACGCCCGAGCUGUCCCAGCUGAUUGUGAACGCGGGCGGCGUCGCCGCGGUGAUAGACUACGUCGGGGACUGCCGGGGCCACGUGCGGCUGCCGGGGAUCAUGAUGCUGGGCUACGUGGCGGCGCACUCCGAGAACCUGGCCAUGGCCGUCAUCGUGUCCAAGGGCGUGCCCCAGUUGGCGAUCUGCCUGGUGGAGGAGCAGGAGGAGCACAUCAAGUCUGCCACGGCCUGGGCGUUCGGGCAGAUCGGGCGGCACACGCCGGAGCACGCCCGCAUGGUCGCCGUGGCGAACGUCCUGCCCAAGCUGCUGGCGCUCUACAUGGACACGGAGAGCUCCGAGGACCUGCAGGUCAAGGCUAAGAAGGCGCUAAAGAGCAUACUGCAGAAGUGCACUUACCUGCCGGCGCUGGAGCCAUUGCUGCAUGAAGCCCCCAGCAACGUCCUCAAGCACGUGGUCUGCCAGUUCAGCAAGGUGCUCCCCCACGACAGCAAGGCCCGCCGUCUGUUCGUCACCAGCGGGGGGCUGAAGAAGGUGCAGGAGAUCAAAGCGGAACCCGGCACGGCGCUCAGAGAGUACAUCAGCGCCAUCAACAACUGCUACCCCGAGGAGAUCGUCAGGUACUAUUCCCCAGGCUACUCAGAGACGCUGCUGGAGAGAGUGGACAAAUACCAGCCAGUUUAAAUAUUUUAGUCUUUUUGUUCAACACUAGAUCUCUUAUAACUUACCUACACGUCUUGUCACUGCAUUUGUAAGUUGUUGCACAAUAAGCAACACAUUCGUCAACUGAAAUAAUGCAUUGUCUUGUUCUUAUUGAUGUGUAGAUGAUAUUUUAUUGUAGACUUGUGUUCAAGUUACCUGCUUGAUAUUUAAAUGUCUGUUUCCCCAAAAGUAUCUAUCAUGAUAAACUUUAUAAUUCAUCAGUGAGGCUGAUAUAAUUAUACCAUAGUAUCUUUUGUAGUUUUUAAAUUUUAUUUAAAAAAAAUAAAAUAAAUUUUAAAAAAUUAUUCAUAUGCUAACAGUAAAUUCAACGGAGUAGGAUGUCUUAAUUUUAUGAUUAAACGUGUAUAGCCUA